CUCCCAGAGGUAAGAUAUAAAACAAGCUGUGAAGCAGAGCCCACAGCAUGCAGUUACCUGGCAUCAUGCUUGGAAUCCUCUUUGCUGUGCUGACUCUGGCAGCUGCAGCCCUUGGCUGCGGGGUUCCUGCCUACCCACCUUCUGUGUCUCGAGUUGUUGGAGGAGAAAAUGCAAGACCAUACAGCUGGCCCUGGCAGGCCUCUCUUCAAUACCAAUCAAGUAGUAGUUGGCAUCACACCUGUGGAGGAACCCUCAUUGCAACCAACUGGGUAUUGACAGCUGCACACUGCAUCAGUUCUACCAGGAAAUAUCGAGUGCUUCUUGGAAAAUACAACCUAGCAGCUGAGGAGCAAGGAUCUGUUGCAGCCUCCCCAGAAAAAAUCAUUGUCCACGAGAAAUGGAAUCCAUACAGCGUUGCAAGUGGGUAUGACAUUGCUUUGAUCAAACUCACCGAACACGUUGCAUUGAGCGACAAAAUCGAGCUGGCCUGCCUCCCUGCUGCAGAAAGCAUCCUGUCAUCCAACACUGCCUGCUACGUGACGGGAUGGGGAAGACUGCAGAGCCCGGCGCUUCCCACCGAGUACCCAGCGCUGGUGCGGCUGAGGGCGCUGGGAGGGCGUGGAGAGGCGCGGGCGGCGCAGGCGGCGUUGCGGGACGGGGCCGUGCGGAGAGUGCGCUGCGUGCAGACGGGCGCCGGGCCCGGAGGUGCCGGGGAGUGCGUGACGGUGCGGGAGGAGGUGGUGGCUCAUCGGAGCCGGAGCAGACGGGAAACUCCUUGCUGCUGGAGGAAGCAAGGAUGGCACAGGGUAUCAUGCAGACCCCGUGUCGUAAAGCUCCAGGACAGCCCAAAUCGCACCCUUGGUCUCGAUGAUCCCUGCGAGUCGCAGCACUGCGCGCACCGUCCCGCACCCCGCACAGGGCAGAAAACGUGGCUGGGACACAACGCGCUGUCCCGCAUCGGCCUCCGUUGUGCUAACGGGAAUCAGUGA